AUGAACAGAAAAUUAAUUUUAUUUUUAUUAAGUUUUAUUUUUAUAAAUUUUGUAAAAUGUGGUUACAUUCACAUGCAAAUGUUUGCUGAUGCAGAUGGAUUAUGUAAGGAUUUGUUUAUUGGAGCUUAUGUUUUAGAAGGAGUAUGUAUUGAAAAUGUUAUUAUGAAAUGUUCAACAAAUCAAAAAUCAGUUUUAGCAUAUCAGUAUGAAAAUGAUGAUUGUUCAGGCCCAAUAAUUAAUCAUGAAGAAUUAGUAACUGGUGGAUGUGUAAAUGUUUCAUCAAAAUUCGAAUGUACUGAAGAAAUUGAUUUACCACAAGACACAAAUACAAUUAUUAUAGUUAGUCAUAAUUCAACCCAAGAAGAAUGUCCAGAUUAUAAACAAGGUUUAGUUAAAUUAAGUUAUCAGAUGACAAAUCUAUGUUUACCAAAUAUAAUCAAACCAAAUCAAUUUUCAACUAUUCAAACAUGUGAUGAAACUUCAAUAACUCAAACAAAUUACCAAUCAAGGGAUUGUAAUCCAUCAACUAAAAAUCAACCAAACAUAAAUCCAUUGCCAGUAAAUGAUUGUAAAAACUCUACAAAUUAUUUAUCAACAUACCAAUUUUGUUAUAUUCCAAGUUUUUAA